AUGAAUUUCGAUCAUGAAACUGAUUUCCAAAGAUGCUGGCUAAGGAAGUCGUGGUCAAUCAAGGGAUCUUUAAUGCGAGUGUUUAAAUGGACACCUGAUUUCCGGCCUGAAUAUGAAUCACCGAUUGUGCCCGUCUGGAUUUCAUUAGAGGGUCUGACGGCUCAUCUCCACGAAAAGAGAGCCAUCUACUCGAUAGCAAACCUCAUUGGCUCCCCACUGAAGGUAGAUGCUUCGACACUAUCCCACAAUCGACCUUCGACAGCGAGAGUUUGUGUGGAACUGGAUGUGAGCACCUCCCCGACGGAUCAGAUUUGGAUCAAUAAUGGGUCGUAUGGUGGGUUUAGCCAACGAGUCACGUACGAGUACACCCCACUGUACUGUCUAGACUGCCGUAGGUUUGGUCAUGUGACAUCUGAAUGCCGGACUACGAAAGACAAGCCCUUGAAUGAACUACGUCGUGAAGCCUUGGGAGUGACUGAUCAACGGCCUUCCCGGCAGCCACUGCUGGUCCCUCCACGGAAAAGGUGGCACCCAGCGCCUCAAGCUACUGCACAAUUGGUCAUUCAAAAAGCAUCUGUUGAUAGCCAAAAUGAGCUAGAAGCUGGUUCAACAGCACCGCUGGUGAUCCCCACCGUCACGUCAUUGGAAGUAAACAUCAUUGACGAUCAGGGAAUUCGUCACUCACAAUCUUCUGAUACUCAGCCCGGGCACUUAUCUGAGGGGGACGAGGUACAGAACGCACAAUCUUUUACCCCAUCCCUGCUCGACUCUUAG